UCGGGGCGGCGGCGGCGGCGGACGGGCGGACGGACGCGGCCUGAGGGAGCGGCCGGCUGCCGCGCGGGGCUCGCCUCGCCCGCGGCGGGGUCCAUGGCCUGAGCGGCCAUGUCCGGCGUGGUGCGGACCCUCAGCCGCUGCCUGCUGCCGGCCGAGGCCGGCGGGGCCCGCGAGCGCAGGGCGGGCGGCGGCGGGGCCCGCGACGCGGAGCGCGAGGCGCGGCGGCGCAGCCGGGACAUCGACGCGGGGCUGGCCCGGGAGCGGCGUGCCGUGCGGCGCCUGGUCAAGAUCCUGCUGCUGGGCGCGGGCGAGAGCGGCAAGUCCACCUUCCUCAAGCAGAUGCGCAUCAUCCACGGCCGCGAGUUCGACCAGAAGGCGCUGCUCGAGUUCCGCGACACCAUCUUCGACAACAUCCUCAAGGGUUCAAGGGUUCUUGUCGAUGCCAGAGACAAGCUUGGCAUUCCAUGGCAGUAUUCAGAAAAUGAGAAGCACGGCAUGUUCCUCCUGGCCUUUGAGAACAAAGCGGGGCUGCCGGUGGAACCCGCCACCUUCCAGCUCUACGUCCCCGCUCUGAGCGCUCUCUGGAGGGACUCCGGCAUCAGGGAGGCUUUCAGCCGGAGGAGUGAGUUCCAGCUGGGUGAAUCGGUGAAGUACUUUCUGGAUAACUUGGACCGGAUUGGCCAGCUGAAUUACUUUCCUAGUAAGCAGGACAUCCUGCUGGCGCGGAAAGCCACCAAGGGCAUUGUGGAACAUGACUUCGUUAUUAAAAAAAUCCCCUUUAAGAUGGUGGACGUGGGUGGCCAGAGGUCCCAGCGCCAGAAGUGGUUCCAGUGCUUCGAUGGAAUCACAUCGAUCCUGUUCAUGGUGUCCUCCAGUGAGUACGACCAGGUGCUCAUGGAGGACAGGCGCACCAACCGGCUGGUGGAGUCCAUGAACAUCUUUGAGACGAUCGUCAACAACAAGCUGUUCUUCAACGUGUCCAUCAUCCUGUUCCUCAACAAGAUGGACCUCCUGGUGGAAAAGGUCAAGACUGUCAGCAUCAAGAAGCACUUCCCAGACUUCAAAGGUGACCCCCACAGGCUGGAGGACGUCCAGCGCUACUUGGUCCAAUGUUUCGACCGCAAGAGACGGAAUCGCAGCAAGCCACUGUUCCACCAUUUCACCACCGCCAUCGACACGGAGAACAUCCGCUUCGUGUUUCAUGCUGUGAAGGACACCAUCCUGCAGGAGAAUCUGAAGGACAUCAUGCUGCAGUGAGAGAGGGCGUGCCUCACUGUUGCCCAUAGCAGCCUCAGUGGCUGCUGCUUAGACCUCUUGGGCCUGGAGUGGGCUUCUCGGAUCCGUGCCCCCAGCGCCCAGCUCAGGGGUACCACCGCGCCGGCCACACCGCCACGCCCCAGGCCCGGGGACAUGGACACCUGGAUGUGAGCUACUGAACCCGGGGCGUAGUCAAACUACUGAGAAUCCAAGGGGUCACUUUGGUAUUAAUUCGUAAUACCUAGUAGCACAGCCUUCUCUCUCUUUACAGAACUGUAUUCCUUCUCUGACACAGUUUAAUCGAGGAUCAUGUGCGUGUGGCAGGUGUGUGCACACACACACGCACUCUGUAAUGACAACACAAACCAGCGGGCCUUGCAGAUGGCUUUUUCCUCUUAACUUGCGAGUCUUCCGUUGAGACAGAUGAACCUGAGAGCUUAGCCUAACGGUGGUUUGCAGGAGGUCAGGUGUCUCCGCGCCACCUCCAAAGCGAGCACGUUGCCUUGUAAAACCCUAGUGCCAAUUUCUUGAGAGACCCUGGUCCAGGCACACUGGCUGAGGCCAGGGGCCCCUAGCUUUAGAGGGUGGGAAUGGGAGUGGGUUUGCCUUAAUGCCCUACAGCCAGCACACUGUCAGUGGGUGCACUCGGUGCCUGUUACACGCACCUGCCCUCCCUCCCCACCAGCCUUCGGGUGGCUGCUGUGUCCUGUACAUCCUCUUCCGACACCUACACUUGGCUGCAUCCGCACUCCCUUCUUUUGGAAGGUAGCAGAGUGCUUCCUCUUCCUCUCGGGGCUUCUGAAAACUGGCAGGAUUCCUAGUAGAGCCUUGGUGAAUGCCACAGCUGACUUUUCAGAAAGCCCAGACUCUCAGAGCUUCUGUACACUGCCACCACCCCGAUGCCUUUGGACAGCCAGUCCCUGCUCUCGGCUCUGCUCCAAGUCUUGAUUCUUCCCAGGGUCUCUUGCUUCCACUAAUGCACACGCAUCACAGGCAAACACUACGCGGCACAUCUGUUGUCCGGGAGAAGCUGCCCAAGCCUGUGGGUGUGGACGUGGGCAGACGAGUCUCCCUUCCGUGCACUUGCCCACUUUCCUUCAUGCGGGGUUUCCCCGGCUGUCAGAUACACUGCAUCCCAAGCUGGCCCCACUGUGCAUUCGUCUCCUAGGAAGGUCUAUCCCGUGUGGUGGAAUUUCCCCCAGCAUUUAAAAGAGAACCAAAAAAAAAGCUUCCUCCAGCCGGCCUCAGAGCGUGACUGUGGCCGAGUAACGCGUGUCCCAAGGCCACCCUGUCCCGAUCCUGUGUCCCUUCCACGUCUUCCUCCUGGCUCCUUUCCGGCGAGCAAGAUAAACAUUCAUCUUGUGGCAGAUGCUGACCCACAAGGGAAGGGAGCACAGCCUGCCCCUGAGUCAUCUUGUUAUCAUUGUUCCUAAUGAGGAGACAACAUGAAAUUCUCUUUCGCUCUUGGUGCUCAAGGCUUUGUGUCCAUGUUUGUUGGGGUUUUGGUUUUCUUGGCUGGGAAAAAAACGUUGCUGUUUUUGUACUGCUUCCUGGGGCUUCUCAUAAACCAGAGGAUGUGACCCAGGGUCAGUGCCGAUGACCAUGGCUUAAAGAAAAAGCACCCCUGGCGGGCUCCCUGGGGGCAGUCUGGGGUCCUUUCUCGCGGCUGCAGGGGUCCACAGCCUGCUGCAUGGGGUGGUGGCCCUUCUGCGAGUCAUGGCCAGGGCCUCAAGCUGCUGCUUGCCAGCGGGAGCGCUACCACCCAGGCCCAGGCCGCUGGCCAUGCUGCUCGGGGCAUCUUGGGCCAGGCUUAGCUGGCUGCUCGGCUGGCUGCGUCCACACUGCUCCAGCCUCUCUAACCCACGGAGUGGGAGUACACAAGGGGAAGGGCUGGGGCUGCGCACUGAGCUGCCCAGAGAGCGGGGCAGGCACCACCUGGGUCCACAACCGGCUUCCCGGACCGGGCAGAGGGGAAGGUCUGUAAAGACCCCAGCUCAGAGCCCUGGGCUUCUUUGGGAUGGGGAAAGAAAACUAUUUGCAAGGCUCAACUAAAACCAUUCACAGCUUUCCCACACAUAGACUGUAGUUGUUUUUGUCUCCAAAACUUUCGGCUUUUGUAUUUUUUAAUUUUAAUUUCACUGUUAUCCUUGAUUAUUUGUCUUUUUUAUUGAGUUGGAGAAGCAGGAGCUAGUCGUGCCUCAUCUAUUAUUGCAAAAUGUAACAAUAAACUUCCUCAAAAUAAGAACUUUCUUCAUGGUUAUACUGUUUAUGUAGAAGGAUGCGUGAACCCUUUUCCCCAAAAUACUUUACCAUUUGUAGAGAUGUAGUCUCAAAAGACUUUGUGUUUAGUGUCGUGAUGUGCCGAGAUCUCCAGUAUUCAUAUUCUUGUAGCUUUUUUUACUUCUUGGAUAAAAGAAAAAUAAGUCUGGUUAUUUUAACUCCAAGAUCCAAAAGUACCCUCAACGCUAGAUGAUCAGUGAGGACUCCCUCACUGGGGCUUUCUGGGGAUGUCCCAGGCAGACACGGACUCGGUAGGGCUUCUGGGAUGAAGGCACCCACCGGGACACGCAGCCUGCACGGACGGCUCACGGCUCACAUUUUACUGCCUGCUCGCCCUGGCUGGAGGGUCCGCUGUGGUGACGACCACCCCGCUCUCCCGGUGCUCCUUAACAUCUGCUCUCUGCUCUCAAACCCAACCCCAAAAUUCAAAGCCCAACAACGCCAAUCCCCACUGUCCCUGAAGGUUCACUGUCUCUCUCUCUGGUAACCAGCUUUUAUUUCUCAAAGUGCGCUGAACAGAGCCCCACACACCGAACUGUCACAAGUACUGCUUUCUGUGAAAGCAUAGGAAACACAGCUUAGAAGCCAAUAAAAGCGUCUUGUACACAGAGACGUGUGUGUGCGCGUGCGUGUGUGCUGCCCUCACGUAGUGCGAGUGAGCGAGGCCCCGAGCGCUGCUCUGAGGUUCGGGAGCCCGAGGAGAGAGAGCUGGUGAUUGACACUUGACGCAGAUGAGCCCCACUACCGGAGGUGGCCAGAGAGAGGGGCAGGUGGGGACUCUGCUGCCCUGGCCCCUGAGGCUCUUCUCCCAGCCACAGGAUGGAGAAACCUGCCACUCCGUAGCAUGAAGGCCUCCUAGCCGGGGGCAUGGUUCAUCAUUUCAGGGGUCUUUUCCAGAAAGAGGCGUGCAGGUGAUGUCCAGCGGCCGUGGCCUGGUGGGACGCUGCUAUGGGUGUUUACGUGAGAGGAGGCACAAACUCCUAGAGAAACGCCAGCGAGGAGCGUGCUGCAUGCUCUCCAUUAUCUCCAGGCUGUGGGCUGAGCUCCUUGAGUUCCAAUUUCAACACUCAUAAACGUGGGACAAGACAGUGAUUCUCCACUCUGACGCCACGGUCAGAUCCCCCAAGGAACUUCACAGAGGCCGCGGGCUAAGCUACCCAGGCAGGGCCUAUGCAGUAGGAGCACGGUCUACGCGGAUUCCCAAGCCCCCAGUAAUCUUGUGCAGCCAGGCAGAGAGCCUCUGAAGCAGAUCAACGAUCCUGGAGGAUUUUUCCCAAGCUGGAUCCUCCACUUCGCUGGGUGAGAAUUCUGCUUCAUGAUCUCACUCGGGCACCAACUCUGGCCCUCGCUGUGGCCUGCCUCAAGGAAACGCACUGGUGAGCUCUGGCCGAGCCUUCCCCAGCAUGGGGGGAUCUCCAGUCUCUUGGUCCCAUCUUCUCCAUAAGGCAUGUCGGAUGGGCCUUGGUAGCCUCGUUCUGAAACGGUCCCCGGAAAUGGAGGGAGCAGGUAUGUGUGGUUCUUUGUGUCACUGAUGAGGCACCAGGGCCGCCAGCCCUGGUUGGGAGGUGGUGUGGGGACACUGGGCUUGAGUGCCAUUCACAAGGCACUCCUGGGCCCUGACAAGAAAGGUGUGGGUCCCCCGAGGAAAGGAGGCUCCCUUGGUUCACAAAGAGGAUUCAACAGCUGGCCCCUGGGCCGUGUCAGCACUUAGGGGCACACGGUGUGCUGGUGGGUGCCCAAACUCAGGGAAAGGUGUCGGCUGAACCUCGGGCGGUGGCUGCGGGUAGAGAGAGGCCUGGGCUGCAAAGAAGCCCCUGCUGCCUCCCCACUCCCGCUGCGAGGUCUGACUCCCACCCUCUGCUGGGGAAGGACUUCAGGGCUCUUGGACUUGGAAGCGGCUUCUCCUGUGGUGUUCGGAUGGUGUGUUAAAGUGGGUGGAUUUAAUCUGCCCACGGCUGCUGUUCUCUUCAGGUGAAAACCUAACAGGUGGCUCCCCGGGCCCCUCCUCUUGCCUGGCUUCCCUCCUCGGAGGAGGGUGUGUGCCUGCAGUGGAUCUGACAACCCUGAUCGUAGUGACGCCUCCGAGCUGGGCCUGGAGCUGCCGGGUUGUUAGAGCUGCCUUGUGUGAGCUCUGAGCUUUGCCUAAUUGGACGGAGAAGCAGGGCACCGUUGGGUACACGCGGGUUCCUAGGGACCUAGGGACUGGUUUCCCUGUGUGGCAGGGGCUGGGUGUGUGCUUCUCCCACGGGAGAGGGCAGCAGGCUCUUCCAGCUGGCUGGUGGACGGGGUGGGCCUGUGCUCUGGGGUCUGACCCUGCCCUGUGGCGGCUCACCCCCCUCUGAUCUUACCAUCCAGCAGCAGAGCAUCAAAAUGUCAUUGUGGGCAUCUUAGCAAGAGGGGCCUGGAGACUCUGCACCUGGCUGACAGUGCAUGUGGCUCAACUGGAAAAUUAGGUUCUUGAUUUUCCAGCUGCUUCUAGGCACUUUUUCCUUUCAGAGGGUUCUCUGUUUUAUGUCUUCGUAACAAGAACCAGAGUGAAACACAAGAGCAGCUACUGGGGAGCAGCUGAACAAGCCCAAAUUUCCUAUCAGGCCAGGAGACGGGCUACCUGGCGCACUGAUGGACAGGACCGGCCAUGCGGCAGGUCCUGUUCUGUGAUGACAACGGGGCUGUUAUUCCAGGCCUGUCGCUUCAGAGCCUUUUUAUUAACCGUGCAUUCACUUUGUUUUGUGUUUUUAAAAGCUGAUGUAUUUCUCCCCAGUGAGCAUGCUCCCAAGCUAUCCACAGCCAAGGUGGAGUUCCCUGUGGGAACAGCACUUCCCCAAGGGCUGGCCAGCAUGGACCACACAUCAUCUGGUAAGGCUGCCCUGAUGUUGGGGAAGAGCAGAACCGCUCCUCCCCUGGUUCUGGCCACCUCUCCCAGGGGACAUCACAGUGACCACCAGGAAGGAAGAUUGAGAGCAGGGUUUCCAGGAGGCCCCACUUUGUGACCCACAGCCAAGGCCAGAGACCGUCUGUCCUGCCGCCAAGGGUCCAGGAGCAUUUAGGGGCUACACGUGCUCCCAACAUGCCCACGUGCCCACACCCCACAUAGGAACUGGCCUCAUACACGGAGGCCCUCCUGCCUCCUGUUAGAUUGUUUAACAAGCCUGCUUAUGAAGGAAUCUCAAACAGAUCUCUGUGGAGGCUGUCCACCUCUAGUAUCUUAAAGAUUCAUCUUUGGACAUCUUCAGAUUGAUAUAAAACAUUCCAAAGGUCAUUUUUCUUAACUCCAUUCAAACCACUAAAAUUGGCAAGUUAUCCUCUGACCCAGGUGCGGUGUCCCAUGCCCAGCCACAUCUUGGCUGGCCCUGUGCUCACCUUACCUGCCCGCUGCAUGGCCUUGGUGCUGAGUGUGCACGGAGGACCCCGCCAAAGGGCCAGGCUGCUGACAUUGAGGCUUCAGUGUUCCCUAGGGAAACAGAGCCCGGAGCCCUUCCGGGGUCUCCACUAAAGGGAAGUCCAGGAGGAGCAGCCCCCUGCUCAGCUGCAGGCACCACCCUGGAAGUUCGUGUACAGCCAAGCCCGCCCCCGGUGCUGCUGGGUAGGCCUCCGUUUAUGAAUACCACAUACCAGACCCCAGGUCCUGCUGCCCUGCAGCUGCAGCAUAUGACAUCUUUAGGAGGGAAGACCACAUGUGAGCAUGGAUCCUGGAGUGUGUGUUUCGCGGGGCAGGUACCUUUCCAGAAGCCAAGGUCUCCCAGUGGGUUUCAUUGUGCAUGUGGCACUCCUGACAUGUGUCAAGGCCACCAGUGAAAGUGAGGUGAGUGGGUGCUCGCACCCUUGGAUCUAGGCCCUCACUGUCCUCUGCCUCCAUGACCCCAUACCUGCUUGCCGGUUAUCCUCUCGUGCGGGUCCCCCUGGCAGGAGCACCCUGUAUGGCCAGCGUGGCUCCACAGCACGCUAUCCACACAUCCUGACAAGUGCAGAUGUGCAGCGUUCACAGGAAGAUGAGCAAGCGGCCAG